AUGCAGCAGGUUCCACCCGAGAUUAAGGCAAUGAGCGAUCAGCUUCAAAUGCUUCUCAAGGAAAACCAGGAGCUCGGAGAAAAGAAGGCGAAGCUAAUUGAUGCGCGCCAACGACUUGGUGCUCAAAAGUCUGAAAACGAAAUAGUAAGGGAUGAAAUCAACCGACUAGAACCAGAUUCCAAGGUAUACAAGCUUAUCGGACCGGCACUAAUUCCACAGGACCAGAGCGAUGCUAAGGCAAUUGUACAGAAUCGUCUUGAGUACAUCAAUGGGGAGCUCAAAAGGACGGACGCCGCUAUUGCUGACCUAGAGAACAAGCAACGCAGCGGGCAACAAAAGUCUGAGGAACUAUUCCGGAAGAUGCAGGCGAAGCACUCACAAAUCCAAAGACGUCAGCAGCAAUCUUAA